GCCUCGUCAGCUUUAGGAUUCCAGUGGGCGGAGAGGAGAUUCCGGUUCCGGGUGUCUUCAUUUCCCAGUCGGAGGUUUUCAGACCUCCGAUUAUGAUAUUUUACCAUAAAACUUCUCUUCACUGACGACUGAUUAAAAUAGCGAUUGCUUCACUGAAACAAGCCCCGCCGAAGCAGCGAACAUGACGACCCGCUCGGAGAGAGAGAAGGCCCAGAAACUUAACGAGCAGCACCAGGCCAUCCUGUCCAAAAUGCUGAGGGAGGAAGACAACAAGUACUGCGCCGACUGCGAAGCGAAAGGUCCAAGAUGGGCAUCCUGGAAUCUGGGAGUUUUCAUCUGCAUCCGGUGUGCAGGCAUCCACAGGAACCUGGGAGUACACAUAUCCAGAGUGAAAUCAGUCAACCUGGACCAAUGGACCUCAGAACAGAUCCAGAGCAUACAGGAAAUGGGUAACACCAAGGCCAGGCAGUUUUAUGAAGCCAACCUUCCAGACAGCUUCAGAAGACCUCAGACAGACCAAGCAGUUGAAUUCUUCAUCAGGGAUAAAUACGAGAAGAAGAAAUACUACAACAAGAAUGCAAUCAUUAGAAGCAGUCCGAAAGAUAGCAAGAAGGAGAAGGAGCCGGACAGAGGGAACAAGGUGUCUUCUUACACCAAGAGUGAAGAGUCCAGGCCAGCUCCCAAAAUAAGUCCUGCAAAGUCUUCAGAGCCCCCUGUGAACCUACUAGGCCUUGACACGCCCGCCGCUGCAGCAUCAGCUAACAAUGGUAGCACAAGCACAAACCAGAACAAUGACCUGGAUAUAUUUGGCCCCAUGGUGUCCAACCCUCUGCCGUCAUCCACAUCUGCAGCUCAGUUUUCUCAGGGGAGCUCCGGUACCACGGCCAGCACUCCGACACAAGCUCCGGCUGCAGGCUGCGUGGGGGGCGGAGCCAGCUCAGGGUCAGGGCAGGCCGACCUGGACCUGUUCAGCGACAGCAGUAGCGCCGCUAAAGCCGAGGACGGGACCAAGAAGCCGCUGUCCAAGGACUCGAUUCUGUCGCUGUAUGGAACAAACAGCAUGUCCCAGCAAGUCCCUGCUGCCGGGAUGUUCAUGGGCCCCUCUCAGAUGCAGUUUCCUGUUCAGGCCACCCCGGGUUAUCAGGCCUUUCCAGGCAUGGGAGCAGCUGUGCCGCCCACCACCGUCAUGGGUGCGAUGAUGGCCCAGAGCGGGGCGGCCAUGAUGGGGCCCAAUCCCGCCAUGAUGGUGGGCAUGACGAUGCCGAACGGCUUCAUGGGAAACGCACCCGCCACCGGAAUGAUGGGCAUGGCUCCCAGGAUGAUGGGACCUCAGGGUGCGCCGAUGCCUGCAGGCAUGAUGCCCGCUCAGGGGAUGUACGCCAUCCAGCCGGGACAGCAGGCUCAGUGGAACAUGGGUCAGGUGAACCAGCAGAUGUCAGGGAUGACUCUGAACGGCGCCGGGGGCCAGAUGGCCUUCGGUCAGCCUCCUUCAGCCAUGGGCGGUUGGGCUGCCGCCGCCGGAUCCGGUCAGACUCUGAGCACGCAGCUAUGGAAGUGAGCCUUGGAGUGGGUCGGGGGGAGGGGGUCGGGCGGAGGAGGAGUCAAGGUCCCAGAAAGCGCAAAUGAUCAUUUGUGCUUCUCUGGACCUCGCUAUGAACUGAUGCCCCUUUCCAUCACGGACCAGCCUUCAGAACACGACAAUUGUAUCUUUCUUUUUUUGUUUCCCUCUUUCUCCCUUUCUGUCUCUCUUUCUCUCUAUUGUGUGAGUGAAUUGGGAGAAAUACAGGAUUCCACGAUUGGCAGUUUCUGCCUCCUAACUUUUUAUUUUCCUUUUUUGGAAAAAAGAAUAAAAAUCAUCAACAACAACAAAAUAUAAGGAAACAGUCCCAACAUUGACAUAUCAGUAAAGCUGCAGGACCAGUUACACAAGCUUUUAUUGUAUCUCUGUAUCAAUAUCAGAUUAUAGAACAUUUAAAUAAUUAGUAUUUAAAGGGAGGAGAUGACUAUCAAGGCAGUCAGUGCGGCUCCCAGAUGUACAGCGCUGUAUAACCUUCUUUUAAAGUACCUGUGGUUCCCCUAUAAAAUUAAACUGAUAAAGCUGAUUGAA